CCAACACCGUGACGUCUCGACCACCCAACGCAGCUUAAAGCCACUGUGACCCAGCCUCCAUUUUGAGCUGGGGCAACAAGGCUGCCCCGCCCCAUAGCGCAGAAGGCCACAGCCCCACCCUCCAUUAUGAGCUGGGCCAGAAGGCCGCACUGUCCAAUAGCACUGCAGGUCACUGCCCCGCCCUCCAUUAUGUGCCAGGCAGGCACGCAGCAUAGAAGGCCGCUGGCGCACCCCAACACGGCAUUCACUGUCUGCACACCCUCGCGACAGGGACGAGAGGCAGUGGGCGCUACGGGGUCAGGGGCAGCUGUCCUUGCAGACCCCAGGAAGGAGAGCGACUUUUGGUGGCCUUUGGCCACAGCUUUUGGAGGCCGAGGGUCUCUUUAUAUCCCCGUGAGCAUGCUGCGGGGCAACGCUAGACGGGGCCAGGCAAAGCGCAGCCGGCCCAAUUCCUGCCAGGGCCCGGCACGGCCCCCCGCCUGCCCCGCGCAGCGGGAGGAGCACAGGUGGGAGCUGGAGGCGCUGCGGGCCCAGCUGGAGAGCGAGAGGCUCCGCUCCCAGGAGCUGCAGCGCCACUGGGCCGCCGAGAGACGUGAGCUGCAGGAGGCGGCAGAGCGGCAGCGGCAGCUCCUGGCCGACCGACUGCGCUGUGCCUGGGAGAAGCAGCAGGCCCAGGAGGAGCAGCAGCUGAAGGAGCGGGAGCAGCGGCAGCGGGCGAUGGAGAUCCAGCAGCUGCUGCGCUGGAAGGAAGCCGAGCUGCAGGCAACGCAGGAGCUGCUGCAGCGGGAGUGCAAUGUGGCCCUGCACCAGGCUCGUGAGCUGCAGCAGCAGCUGGCCGAGGAGCUGAGGAGCCCCCACAGGAGCGGCAGGGCGGCCCGCGCCAAGCUGCAGGGCAUCCUCAACAAGCUGUUCAGGGAGAUGGAUGGUGAACAGCCCGCCUGCAUCCGCCAACUCCAGCAUCAGCUGGAGCUGGAGAGGAGGCUGUUCAACCAAUACAUCGUGGGAAGCUGGGAGGGUGAGCCCCAGCACGUGGAAAGCCACAGAAUGUCCUGCUCCCAGGACAGAGAGGGAGCUCUGGGCCACCACCGUGCAGAGCAGGGCUCCAGUCGACCGGCUAUGAAGAACGCUCACGUCCAGGUGAGAUGACACUGAGAGAGUAAGAAUUGUU